AUACAGAAAAAGAGGAGGAGGAGGAGGAGAGAGGUGAAAGUUCACAAUGGCAUGGACGUAUCGAGUGACAAAGUGGAAAAGUUGCUCUGCCUCUGCAGCCUAAUUUCGUGAAACUUGGGGAUGACGAGCGAGGUGCACUCGAAGUACAGUGAGGAGGAGGAUGGAGAUGAAGAGGCGAUGGCGUACUACGAUGACGACGAUCUGGACGCGUUCGCAGAUGAGGAUCUGGACUGUAGUUGCGAGGAGGGAGUUUUGGGGUUGAGCGACCCUUUCGGUGGAGAGGUGAAGCCUCGCAUUCUGCUGAUGGGCCUGCGUCGGAGCGGCAAGUCUUCCAUACAGAAGGUGGUUUUCCACAAGAUGUCCCCCAACGAGACGCUUUUCCUGGAGAGCACCAACAAGAUCUGUCGCGAGGACGUCUCCAACAGCUCCUUCGUCAGCUUCCAGAUCUGGGACUUCCCUGGGCAGAUUGAUUUCUUUGACCCGACCUUCGACUAUGAAAUGAUUUUCCGCGGGACGGGAGCACUUAUUUUCGUUAUCGAUUCGCAGGACGACUAUGUGGAAGCACUGAGCAGGCUGCACCUCACCGUGACCAGGGCCUACAAGGUGAAUCCCAACAUCAACUUCGAGGUCUUCAUCCACAAGGUGGACGGGCUGUCGGACGAUCAUAAGAUCGAGAAGCAGAGGGAUAUUCACAAGCGCGCCAAUGAUGACCUGGUUGAUGCGGCCUUGGAAAGGAUACAUCUAAGCUUCUACCUAACGAGUAUCUAUGACCACUCCAUCUUUGAGGCCUUCAGUAAAGUGGUUCAGAAACUCAUUCCUCAGCUCCCCACACUGGAGAACCUGCUUAACAUUUUUAUAUCUAAUUCAGGCAUCGAGAAGGCUUUUCUCUUUGAUGUGGUCAGCAAGAUCUACAUAGCUACCGACAGCAGCCCGGUGGACAUGCAGACGUACGAGCUGUGCUGCGAUAUGAUAGAUGUGGUCAUCGACAUCUCCUGCAUCUAUGGCCUGACGGGUGAAGAAGCAGGAAUCCCAUACGAUAAGGAAUCUAUGGCAAUAAUCCGGCUGAACAACACGACAGUCAUGUACCUGAAAGAAGUGACCAAGUUCCUGGCCCUGGUGUGCUUCCUGAGGGAGGAGAGCUUCGAGAGGAAAGGACUCAUCGACUACAACUUCCACUGUUUCCGGAAGGCCAUCCAGGAGGUGUUUGACGUGCGCGUGAAGGUGCAGAAAUCCCGGAAGCUUCUGAGCCAAAGACGCUGGAGCAAGCAGGCCGUGCCCAAUGGGACUCCCGCCCCCCAGCACUGAUUGGGUCAAUCACGAGUCACAUGUGACGGCCAUCUCUUUCACUGGAGAGCCACUGGAGAGCCACUGGAGAGCCACUGGAGAGCCACAAAGCACAGAGACAUUGAAUGAGGAGCCUUUGUCAUAUCCUACACAACAUUCUGCUUUAAAAAACAAUCAUGGAUCCAAGCCCAGAAAUGGCUGCGUUUUGAGAAAUUUAUAAAAGAAUAUCAAGCGUCUAUUAAUGAUAGCUAUUUUUGUGAACAAUGUUAACCUGAAUAAGGCAAGAUAAUGUUUAAUUACUGUAUUUAUAUGUCAACAAAAUGCCCUUUUGCUUAAGAACACUAAUUUGAUACACUAAUAUACUAUGUUUUUUUGUUUUGCAACUAUUCCACUCGUGUUGAACAGUUGAAAACGAGAUAAUCUUAAGUGAAUGCAUACCUAUACAGUAUUAAAAUUUAGCACACGACUGACAAAUGCACUGAAUUGUAUAAUCUCAAGGGUGUCAAGAAAGCAGGAGUAAUAUUACUUAGCUGCCUUCAUAAUCUCUACUUCUAAUCCCAGGGUGUGAACAUUUAUCAACAGAAAGUCUUUCAGCAUUUUUUUUGUACGUGUUUUUUUCCCCCAAAUUUUUAAAUGGUAAAAUACCCUCGACAAUCAAGUGAUUUGGUUGACUUCACCGUGAUGUCCUCUUAAAACCAUUUUAUUUAGUAGGCCGUCUUGGAGACAGUAACCAAGUGUUCUUAGUUUAAUCAUUAAAGAUAGAAAUUUUAAAUAUUUUACAAAUAUUUAAGAUCUCAUUGUUGAUUUAUUUCUAGGAACAGCAUCCAACCUUUUGAUUUUCGAAAAAAGAAAUUAAUUUCACUUGUGGACACUGUUUGUACGAGUCUCAGUCGUUUUGUUUGUUUCUUUGUGUCAAUAAUUGUGUUACCACCAUUUCCCUGCACAUUUUCUUUCUUUCAUUUAUUUAUUUAUUUAUUUUGUUUGCAAAUAAAGUAACAAGUUGGUUGUGCCUUCUAAAAUGAA